UUUCAUAGGAUUUUACUAAAUCUCAUUCUUUAUCUGCAGCCAUUCAGAUUAUUCAUUUUGCUAAUUGGUUUAUUAAUAUUGGUUCAUUUCUUUGAGAAAUUUUAUAGACUUAUUGGAGUUGUUGAUAAAGGAAACAGAGUGAUUACAUUGGAAGAGAAUUUGGAAUUGGAUCCACCAUCUACAGAGGCAAAAAUGUUGGCAAUUUUCAAGAAAAAAUUGGUUAAUCCACCUCAAGAGCUUAAUAGUCCUGCUCCAUUGAAUUCAUCAAGAAAAUCUAAACUUCCUGAUGAAAUUGUUCAUGAUUUCACAUCAUUUAAUCCCUCCAAUGCUUUCUCCAUGAACUUUGGAAAUGAUGCUUUUUUAGCCUAUUCCCCUUCAAACAAUACCUCCAAACAUCAAGGGAUGUUUUGUGGUUUGGAUAACAUAUACUGUGCUUUCAUGGGUAGCUUGAACAAUCUAAGUAUGCUAAUAAAGCAAUAUGGUCUAUCAAAGGGAACCAAUGAGGCCAAUUUCCUCAUUGAAGCUUAUAGGACACUUCGUGAUAGGGGUCCCUAUCCUGCUGAUCAAGUCCUCAAAGAACUUGAUGGUAGUUUUGGAUUUAUAAUCUUUGAUAACAAGGAUGGAACUGUUUUUGUUGCAUCAGAUUGUAAUGGAGAGAUUGGAUUUUUCUGGGGUAUUGCAGCUGAUGGUUCUGUAGUCUUUUCUGAUAACAAGGAGCUUAUUAAAGAAAGCUGUGCCAAGUCAUUUGCACCAUUCCCUGCUGGGUGCAUGUUUCAUAGUGAGCAUGGUCUAACAAGUUAUGAGCAUCCAAUGAAGAACUUGAAGUCAAUGCCAAGGAUUGAUAGUGAGGGAGCAAUGUGUGGGGCCAACUUCUCUGUUGACUCCCAAUCAAAGAAGUCAACGAUGCCACGUAUUGGAAGUGAAGCCAAUUGGGCCACUUGGGGUACACAAACCUGAUUCAUCUAAUCAUGAUAUCAUCCAAAUGGUGACAACAAAAAAUUAUUAAUAAUUGACAUAAGCAUUUUAUUUUCUAUCUUUUUUUUAUUCCUAGAGCAACAUAAUUUAAAGGAGAUAAUCCUUUGUUAUUAGUUCUUUCAGGAUUUUUUUUUCCUUCCUUUUCUGUUAGCUUGUUUGAUUACUUUGUUGUAAAUAUUAUACUGAUUAGAAGUUGAAUAUGACCUUGGUCA